AUGGCUUCUGCUCCAAUUCUCUUUAUUAUAUCAUUUGUACUUUUAGUCUCCAUUGAUUUAAGAGCUCAAGCAGAGUACUCAAAUACAAUCACCACAGGCUCGUUGCUGUCCCCCAGUGCUGGCAACCAUUUAUGGUGUUCACCUUCUGGUUUUUUCGCCUUCGGUUUCUAUCCACAAGGUGACGGCUUUGCUAUUGGAGUAAUUCUGGUUACUCGACCAGAAAACGUAGUCGUUUGGACUGCAAAUCGAGAUGACCCUCCUGUUUCCUCUGAUGCUAAGCUGGAGCUAACAAAAGCAGGGCUACUACUUGUAACUAUGCGAGGUGAAAAGAAAAUCAUAAGUAUUAAUACUGAUGAAAUUUCAAGCCAAGCUAGUUCAGCUGCUAUGCUAGAUGGUGGAAAUUUUAUACUCUUAAAUGAGUCUAGUCAUGUUGUUUGGCAGAGCUUCGAUUAUCCUACCGACACCAUACUAGGAGGUCAGAAUCUAACUAGUACUUCAGAUUAUCCGGAUAGGUUGGUAUCUAGUAAAUCUAGAUCAGACCACUCAAGUGGACGAUUUUUACUCAUUAUGCAGGGUGAUGGAAACCUUGUUUCCUAUCCUUCAAACAUCACUACCAUGGCAGAAACUGCAUACUGGUCUCUUGGGACUUUCGGUAAUGAUGCUUGGCUUGGGCUUAACCAAACGGGUUAUCUUUUUGUACAAAACAGAUCUGGGAUGAGAAAGCAGAUCGCCCUCUCAAAUGGCUCUUAUCCUGGAAAAAAUGAAGUUAUUCUUUACCGCGUACCCAUGGAUGAUGAUGGGAUUUUUAGAUUGUAUUCACACCACAUGGUAAGCAACACAAGCUCAAUUGUAUGGGAAUCUUUGCAGAAUCAAUGUGAAGUAAAAGGUUUUUGCGGUUUGAAUAGUUAUUGUCAAGAGGUAAUUAUUAGCAGCAGCAACAUUUCUGAUUGUUUUUGUUACCCGGGAUUUUCUUUUAUCAACCCAAGCAUUAAGUUCUUUGGCUGCUAUCAGACUUUCAUUGAUGAAGAUACAUGCAAAUACAAUGAAGAUGACCCCAAUAAGAAAAGCCGCAUUAAUAUUACUCCUUUAGAGAAUACGUUAUGGUAUGAUUCUCCAUAUAAAGUGGUAAAUAAAGAGGAGGAAGCUUGCAAGAUGUUAUGCAAGGAGGACUGCAAUUGCUGGGCAGUCAUGUAUGAGAAUUCAAGUUGCCAAAUAUAUAACGUUCCAAUAAGAUAUGGUAUAAGAAGCUAUCAUAUUUCAAAAACAUCCUUCUUUAAGGUGGUUUCAAAAAAUAUUGGUAAUAAAAACAACGCUUCUCAUUCAAUUCUGGACGACAACUUGAUUGUUGAGAGAAACAAAAAAACAAUUCUAGUUUUAGCAUUAAGUUUGGGUUUUAUAGCAUGCUUGUGUUUUGUCUUUGCAUUAUUGAGUUUCAUAUUUUACAAGCACAGAUAUCAUAGAUAUAAAAAGCUGCUGGAAAAUUCAAAUUUGGGAUUAGCUGAAGAUUUUAGUUUACAAUCGUUUUCUUACAAAGAGCUUGAGAGAGCAACAGAUGAUUUCAAGGAAGAGAUUGGAAGGGGGACUUUCGGAGCAGUUUAUAAAGGGGUUUUAGCAGAGCGUAACAGAACGAUUGCUGUCAAAAGACUAGAGAAAGUUGUGGAAGAAGGAGUAAGAGAGUUUCGAGCUGAAAUUACUACUAUUGGAAGAACUCAUCAUAGAAACUUGGUGCAGUUGCUUGGUGUCUGCAUUGAAGGGUCAACAAAGCUUCUUGUUUAUGAAUUCAUGAGCAACGGUUCACUUGCAGACCAUCUUUUCAAGGCGGUAUCACCACCAACAUGGAGAGAAAGGGUAAGAUUCGUAUUCGAUGUGGCAAGAGGGAUCUUCUACCUGCAUGAAGAAUGCGGAGUGCAUAUCAUCCACUGCAAUUUGACGCCCCAAAAUAUACUCUUAGAUGAUACUUGGACUGCUAAGAUCUCUGAUUUCGGUUUGGCCAGGCUCUUGAUGCCGAACCAAAUGAAAACAUCAGCAGGAGUACAUGAAAGAUCGACAUCGAUAGGGUACUUUGCUCCUGAAUGGCAGAAGAAUGCCCCGAUAUCUGUAAAAGCCGACAUUUAUAGUUUUGGAGUCGUGCUUUUGGAAAUCAUAUGUUGCAGAAGAAAUAUUCAAUUAAAUGUGUCAACACAAGAAGAGAUAAUACUUUCUAAUUGGGUCUAUACAUGUUUUAAGAAUGGAGAUUUGGAUAAGCUUGUGGAGGAUGAUGAAAUAGACUUCUUCACACUAGAGCGAAUGAUCAAAGUGGGACUAUGGUGCAUCCAAGAUAAUCCAUCUUUGCGUCCUUCGAUGAAGAAUGUAAUAUUGAUGUUGGAGGGCACCAUGGGCAUACCUGUACCUCCAUCUCCAGAACUUCUUGUUCUUCCAUGA